GGUGGUCGAAGGGAAUCGCGACAAACGUCGUCGUUUUACAGCUCGUUCCCACGAAUCGAGACGAAUGAUGUUCAAUUGACGAAGACUGCGCAACGCUAGGAAUGGCCCCAUUCAGUUCCGUUUUCCUGGGCGUCUGGGGAGUGUUCGUUAUCGUUUUGAUACAAGAAUCUAGGCCCGUCAGCUGGGAGGAAUGGUGGACCUACGACGGUAUUUCAGGUCCCGGCUUCUGGGGUCUGAUCAAUCCGGACUGGUGGCUCUGCCACAAGGGCAGACGACAAUCGCCGGUGAACCUCGAGCCGGCCAGACUUCUUUUCGACCCGAAUCUCAAGCCGUUGCAUCUGGACAAGCACAAAGUCGCCGGUGUACUGGCGAACACCGGGCACAGCGUUGUCUUCGCGGUGGACAACGACACGCGUCAUCCCGUGAACAUAUCGAACGGUCCGUUGAGCUACCGUUAUCAAUUCCACGAGAUCCAUUUGCACUUCGGCUUGGACGAUCGAACCGGGAGCGAGCACACUGUCGAUGGACAUGCGUUUCCGGCGGAGCUACAAAUAUUUGGCUUCAACUCGCAGCUGUACAGCAACUUCUCGGACGCGUUACACAGGGCGCAGGGGAUUGUCGCGAUCUCGCUGCUUCUUCAGGUGGGGGAUCUCUCAAACCCGGAGCUACGGAUAUUCACCGAACAGCUGGAUAAGAUCAGAUACGGAGGUCAGGCGAUGGAGAUUAAGCGUUUCGUGGUGCGGGAACUCCUGCCGGACACGAAAUAUUACAUGACGUACGACGGCUCCACCACGAUGCCGGCCUGCCACGAGACCACCACGUGGAUCAUCCUGAACAAACCGAUAUACAUCACUAAGCAGCAGCUUUUAGCACUGCGACUAUUGAUGCAAGGCGACAAGGACCAUCCGAACGCGCCUCUCGGGAAUAAUUUCAGACCGCCCCAACCGCUACAUCAUCGCCCUGUUCGAACAAACAUCGACUUCAAUGUGCAGGGACCGAAGAACUGUCCGACCAUGAAUAGGGAAAUAUAUUACCAAGCGAACAGCUGGAAAUAACCCUGAGGAGCCGAGGGAGACGGCUGGCGUUCGCAGUUAACUACGCUUUCCCCGGGACGAGCUGGAAGUUCGCUGUUACGAGCAUAAGAAAAUUUACAAAAACAAAAAAAACAACCCACUGACAUAUCAAUUA